UGUCGCAGAUCAAUGACGACUUUCAGACUGCGCCUGUAGCACCACGAGAGAGUUGUGAAAACAUUAGUGUGGAGGGUCAGGAUGCUGAGGGUUCAAUGUCACACAGCCUUACCAACGGACUCACAGACAGGAUCCGGGUUUAAAUCAUUGCUGUCGUUAGAUUUGGAUAUUUAGGACAAUCUGCAGUAAGGCAGUGACCUCUUCAAGAGGUCCGUCAAUCUCCCCUUCCCUCCUCCGUCUCUUGUUAGACACCCAUUGGUCCACCAUGUCCACCCAGAUGUGUAGAGUGGUGGAGCUGAUGAUGCGCUCUGCUUGCUGUCAUACCAUCAGAAGUAGAUCUUGUAUGCGUAAGGCAGUGUUGGUUCCUGUGGGUCCCUCUGGCCUCAGUGCUCUUGGUGCUCCCGUCCUUCACAGACGGGCCUACAGCCUGGACUCUCUCUCCUCAGGCCCUGGUCGGCCCACACUUGGUACAAGCUCCCAGCAACCCCGUGCAGAGAGAACAUCCCCAUCCUCAGCGCUCGCACACAGGAACCUGUCUGCUGUGGCUGUACAGGGCCAACGUCGUCCUCUGUGCCUUUAUGACUUCCUGGACCUUGGGGAAGUAGAGGAGAAUAUACGUCGUGCGCAGGCCUGUAAAAAAACUAGACACUUCAUAGUGGACCCAGAGCUGGCCAAGCUAGUAACAGAACACCUGGGACCUGACCUACAGGACGCUAAAACUGUUAUCUUUGACUGUAACCCAGGUCCUGGGGUGUUGACCAGGACACUGCUUAAUGCAGGAGCUCAGAGAAUUGUGGCUCUUGAGGGUGAUAGGUCAUUCGUACAUGAACUACAGGAGUUAGAAGGUCGCCUUGAUGGUCAGCUGGAAGUGGUUCACUGUGACUACUUUAAGCUGGACCCCAUUGGCCAUGGAAACCUCAAACCUCCUGUCAUGUUCACUGACAAACUCUUCACUGACCUGGGAAUAUCAGAAGCUAGCUGGACUGAUGAUGUCCCAGUGAAGGUGGUUGGCAUCCUGCCCCAGCGUAAUGAGCGCAGCAUCCUGCUGAAGAUGGUUUACGCUUUGUUUGAACGGCUGUCUGUCUACAGAUACGGAAGAAUAGAGCUCAACCUCUUCAUAAGCGAGAAGGAAUACCUGAAACUGGUGGCACGUCCAGGCGAAAUGAUGCACUAUAGAGCCUUCGGUGUCCUCUGGCAGAUGGCCUGUGAUAUUGAACUACUGCAUAAGGAGCCGUGGGAGUCGUUCGUGACGUCUUCAAGACAGAGUGCACCUUCUGCUAAAGGCACGCUUCCCAAUGACCACCUGUGCCUGGUGCGUAUGCGUCCACGGGCUGAUCUGUUCUCUGCAGGCCUCACAACCUCCAAUGCCUCCACUCUGCUGAUGAUGGUCAAACAGUGUCUGGCAAAGAGGAAGGUCAAGCUCAUCGACAGGCUUAAUCUCUGGUCACCAGAUAGUGGGAGUAAAUUGUUAUCAGAGAUGGACAUGCCGGAGGACAUCCUGACAGGCCACGUAUAUCCAGAGGAGUAUCUUCGGCUGUUCCAGCUAAUGGACAAGAGCCAGGAGUUCACACAGAGCUGGCUUUAUGAAGAGAUCCUGGAAAACACACAGAGAGAGGGAUGGGGCUAAAGUAUAUACAUUAGGUCAAAUGCAUAGACAAAACAAGUACAUACAAACACAUGUAUAAUAUAUUGACAGUGUAAUAUAAAUAAAGAAUAAUAUAAUGUCUGAUUUUAUGAAACAAGGACACACAGUAAAUACAGUUAAAACGGAUUUAGAGACAUCCAUGAAAACACAAAAUAUUCUAAUAAGAAAAAUAUUUGUGAAAUGGACACAGCAGAAUAAGUUGACUGCAUAAAUACUUUUGUUACCUCACAUCAUCCACUUCUGUAUGGAGUGACUGAAAUGAUGGAAAUGCUUGUGUUACUGUACUUUAAGAAAAUGGAGGAACAACUUGAGAUGAUCCUCUGCAAUGUCCUGGACUGGGAUUCCCAUGAGUUGAGAUUUCAGACAAAAACUCAGUAGCAGAAAUGGUUCUUUUUGGGCCCUCACUUGAGAUUUGGGAAAACACUUUAAAAUGCUUUAAAAAUUUAAAAAUUGCUGAAUGAAUGCCAUAAUAAUAAUGAAAAUCAUAUUUUUUAAAGUGCCCAAGGGGGCUAAAAAAAGCCUUAGUCAUGCAGAUAAUUCAGAAUGAAUGUACACUAUAUUUGUUGAAUAAGUGAUUAAACUGCAGUUUUGCUAAAACUAUGCUGUGACAGCAGUUAUGGGAAGUUCAACAGAUCACAACCCUGCAUGUAUCCUGCCAUAAUAUUGCAUAAUUUUCCAAACAGACAUCUUGAGUGAAGUAAGGGAGAUUGCUUAUGUGAAGACAUUACAACAGCUUGGUGAUGCAUUGUCACUAAAUACCUUUAUGUCUUGUAAAGUUUUGAAUAUUCAUUGUGAGUGAAUAAGCUUGUCUAAAAUGUUUUAUUGAGUGUGUGUUGCCUGUCUAACAUCAUUUUUAAACAAAUGAGAAUUUUGAUAUGUAAUUUGGGGAUCCUGUCUUAGGUUUGUCCUCACACCAUCAGCAAGCUAAUUUUGAGGAGUUUGGGUGUUUUGCCAGACUAAAUCUAUUCCCUUUUUUCCCUGGUUGCAUACAGUGAAAAAUGGUGAUUUAUCGAGGUGAUCAUAUGCUUUUUAAGCGUUUUUAUUUUUGGAAUGAUGUGCCCAUAUGUCAUGAGAGCUUGAGUUAUUUGGUUUCAUGUAAGACAUGUAAAGUAAUAAUACACCUGUAUAAAAUGACAGAUUCUGAAUUAAAUUAUUUUACUAUUUGGUAGAUUUGA